AUGUCAGCUGCAGGGGCGGCUGUGCGGCAGCUUUGGCGCUUGCCACUCGCCAUCGCCGUCGCCUUUGCUGCAGUCUUGGCGGCUGAGUCGGCGCCUGCCGACGCAAGGCUGCUGAACUGGAGCGAGACCGUGCUCCGCGCGUGCUUCGCGCCCUGCUUCUACCUCUGGCGCACGCUGGUGUUCUGGCCGUGGACGACGCCUCGGUGGGCGGUUCCCGACGGCAUGGCGCUGGCUGAGCCGCGGUUUGCCUUCUCCGUGGCUUUCGUGUUUGCGGCAGCUCUGGCUCCGCUGGUGUGCUGGACACGUUCGGCGCACUGCCUCUGGUUUGCCUGGAUAUCCUACUUGGGCUUGCUCCUGCCGACGCUGGGGCUGGUAUCUACCCACGUUUGGGCCCUCGCAGCGGACAGGUACGCGUACCUCCCGAGCAUGUGCGUGUUGAUCCCAUGCCUCGCCAUGCUGCUGCACCGGCUGAGCAAGGCCAUCCGGCCUGUCGCAGUAGUUGCGGGCGCCGGUUGCCUGGUGAUUCUGUGUGCUUGGCGAGCGGACGAGGUGGCCUCUUAUUGGAGCCAAGGCUCCUUGCCCUUGUUGGAGGUCAUUCUCCGCGAAAAUCCCGGCGAGUUCAACACACUGAAGGACCUCGGCACCUUGCACCUGAAGCAGGGGAGCUAUGGGCAGGCCAAAGUUGCGCUCGCCCAUGCCUUGCGGCUUCGUCCGGACCACAGCGGUACCCUUUUGAAUUUGGCUACGCUACUGCACCAGUCCAAAGCCACGGCUGAUGCAGAAGCGAUGUACCGCCGCGCCUGCGCGGCUUCCAAGGCCUCCGUGGCGCAGUGCCAAGGCUGCCAGCCGGCGGCCACUGAGCUGGCAAAGGCCCAGGCCAACUUCGGUGGCUUGCUCUUGCAGUUGGGUCGAGCAGCGGAGGCCGCAUCCAUCCUCGAGGCUGGCGCUCCCUGGGAGAAUGCCGUAGAUUCCGCAAGGGCGCCAGGCCUCUUGCACUUGUGCCUGGCCUACCGUGCCCUCAAGCGACAUGAAGACGCGGCGCGGCUGUGCCGAGCCUCCGCGGCGGCCAAAGGCGCCAGGGCCGCGGAGGCCUGGUGCACGGAGCGGACCUGGUUUGUGUACCUCCUACAAGGCGCAGAGGUGCAAGACUCCUCCCCGCUGCGGGAUCGGCGAAACAGAGACGUGCUGUGGCUUACCUUCCGGCAGCGGUAUAGCGGUCAGCAGCCCGACGUGCCUGUCUCCGACACGCUGUUCGAGCCUGAGGUUUUCUGGGGCGAGGGCCGGAACCUCUUGCUGGAAGCCGCGCUGCGGAAAGGCCAUAGCGCCUGUUGGCCGGGGUACCUGUACUACGUCUUUUUGGACGACGACAUGUUGCAGAUGAUCUCCGAGCAAACGCGCUGGGCCUCCUUCGAGCGGUUUCUGCUGCAGGAGCUGCCGGCGGUGGGCUACCUCACGCGCACCAGGCACUUCCAUGCGCUGGGCAAGGGCAAAGCCACCAGAGGCGAAUAUGCCAACAUCGAUCACAACGCCCUUGCAUUUCACCGCAACACGCUGGGCUCGUUGCUGCCAUACUGCGACUUCCUGCAGAGGCUGGCGGUUGGCUGGUCGGGCGCCAUCUUAGGUUUUCACGUGGGCGUCCUGUUUUCCAACAGCCGGAUCGGGCUGAACACCAUCCGCGCAGACCUGGAGAAGAACCUGCAUCGACCCUACGGCCGCGGCGGCGGCAGCUAUGCCUUCGAUCUGCUGAAGCGGCGCUUCGAUGGGGAGAGGCUCUACUUGAGGGAGGAGCUGAGGGAGGCAUAUCUUUGGCUCAUCGCCGGCUCUGGCGCAAAUGAUAAGCUUUGCAACUACCAGUAUGACUGGAGCAGGAAACCGCCAGGAGAGCACCCGGCAGGGCCCAUCAGCACAGCUUGGCUGAGGCGGAACAUCAAUGUGAGCCAUCCUUGUGGGCAAGUGAUGUUCCGGUUCCUCCAGCGCCACGGGGCCUAUUUGGACACGCUGCGGGGCCCAGAAUUCCAGGCGCGGAUGGCGUAG